AUGGCUUCCCACCAAACUGGAGGAAACAAAGGAAAAUUGGCGGUGGUCGAGGAGGAGAACGACGAGGAACUUCCGGCCACCUCUCUGGCGGUGGUGGCGGUUUCCAGCGGCGCCCUCGUGAUAUUUCAAAACAAUCAUCCAGAUCUUUGGUAUCGUUAUAGCUCCUCAAAAGGUGUUGGUGAAGGCCACCGCUACAAUUUUGAAAUGGAUGAUGUUGCUGGGGAAGGGAAGACCUCGUCCGGUUCUUGUACAGGGAAAUUCAAUAACCGAAAGGUUGAUCCAUCAUGUUCUGGAACAGAUGAGGGUUUUAAAUUUUGCAAAAACCGGGCAUUUGGUGCAGGAGCCGAACAUGAGCCAGGAGUGAAUUGGGAAAGCCCAUUUUCGUAUACUUUUCCUUCCUCCGAGAAGUCGCAUAACGAAUUCGAUCAAUCAAAAAGUGCUUCUGACGAUGUGGAAGCUUCUGAAGUUGAACCAUGUUACUCAAAAUCCAAAUCACGUGCACAUGAAGACUCCUCUUGUGGCAAAUCUAGUCAAGCAGAGGAUGAAGCCACCUCUUAUGUGAGUAAAAGGUCAUUUGAAACUAAGGGCAAUCUCCGUGAACCUUUUUCAGGUCAUUGCAGUAAGAAUUUCCCAGACUUCACCACGGAUAAUACCAAUAGCAGAGAGAAUUUAAAAUCCAGGAAGCUGCAUGAAACUGGGGAGUCUAAUGAGAUGGAUAAUUUAAUGCCUAAAAGAUGUGAAUUAAAGAGGUCUACGCUAUCUUCUAAGCAAACGGAUCACAGUUCAUCUCUUUUAUCCGGUGAUUUGGGAACAGAAUUCCACAAUAUCGACAGUCAACAGACCCCCGACAAGUCAUCAUUCAGAAAUUGUAUUAAUGAAGCUAAUGUACAAGACGAUAAUGCAGCAUCAAACGUUGAACUGGAGAAGGACAGCCGAAGUGGAGAAACUCUGCCUUCUGGUGGGUCAUGCAUACUCUUUGUUCGGGAAAAACAAAAGGAAACAGAUGAAUAUAAAAGAAUAAUGGAGGCAGAAUGGGCUUUCCGCAAACAAGCUCUUGAAGUUCAGGCUGAAGAAGCUAAACGUCUGAAGCGGUUGCAAAAGAGAAGAGUAAAUGAGAGCAAGCGGUUGCUGGAUGUGGAGAGAAGAACGAAAAAACGGGUAGAGGAAGUUCGGAAUAGUGAGAGGAAGGAUAAGGAAAAUAUGAACUUGAAGGAGAGAAUACGUGAAGAAGUUAGGACAGAGCUCAAGAAACUGGAAGGCCAUAAUCUGGCUUCACUGUUGCACUCGUUGGGGAUUCAUGUGGGUGGGUGGCCAAAUCCUGCGCCACAAGAGGUGCAAACUGCUUGUAAACGAGCGUUGGUGACUUUUCACCCUGAUCGAGCCUCACAAUCUGAUAUCCGUCAGCAAGUUGAAGCCGAGGAGAAAUUUAAGCUCAUUAGCGAGCUCAAGGAGAAAUUUUCGCUUUCUUUAUGA